CUGCAACGUGGGCUAGCGUCCAAGUAGCCUCACAACACUAGCGCGGCUCUGGGCUGCCGCUUCCACAAUUUCUAGCUACCUCAUCGCCAACGCGCAACCACACGCUUCUCACCCAGACUCAACAAAGCACAACUGAGCGUCGUGAUCAAUCGAGUCGCCGCUCUACUUACAAGAUCACUAGUUUAAGCACCUCCACGUGCGAUCAUGGAUUACCAGAACCGCGCAGGAUCCAAAUUCGGUGGCGGUGGUGUCGCCUCCAGCUCAGCAACCAACGCCGACCGACGUGAGCGUCUGCGCAAGCUCGCGCUCGAGACCAUCGACCUCGACAAAGAUCCGUACUUCUUCAAGAACCACGUCGGAAGCUUCGAAUGCCGUCUCUGCCUCACAGUCCAUCAAAACGAUGGCUCGUAUCUCGCACAUACACAAGGAAGAAAGCACCAGACCAACCUGGCACGACGCGCCGCAAAAGAACAGCGAGAAGGCAAGAAGGACGAUGUUGGCCAGCAAGGCCUGCUUGCAGGUGUGCAGGUGAAGAAGAAUGUCAUGAAGAUCGGCCGACCUGGUUACCGUAUCACAAAAGUCCGCGAUCCCAUUACUCGCCAGAACGGGCUUUUGUUCCAAUUCCAGUUCCCAGACCUCACUAUGGAGACUGUCCCGCGAGUCCGAUUCAUGAGCGCAUACGAGCAGAAGAUCGAAGAGCCUGAUCCAAACUACCAGUACCUGAUCGUUUCUGGAGAGCCUUAUGAGACAGUCGCAGUGAAGCUGCAAGCACGCGAGGUGGACAGGCGUGAAGGCAAGUUCUGGACCUGGUUCGACGACGACAGCAAGGACUUCUGGUGCCAAUUGCUCUUCAAGACCGAGCGUGACGAGCGCUUCAGUGCAGUUCCUGGCCUAGCACCUGGUCGCAAGUAAGCCUCAGGAGAUCCACCAAGCCCGGAAUCUCAUCUUGCGAAUUUCUCUGCGCCGAAAGCGUGGAGACAGUCAUUAUCAGCUAUUUACGACUUCUUUUCGUAUGCCCAACUAGGGCAACACGGCGUUAAAUGGCGUUCACAGCAGUAAAGAACUCUGCUUAUCACAGUGGCUCGUU